UGUGCCUUAGUAGGAGAUCUCGAAGGCUUCAGUACAGUCAUACUAAAUAUAUAGAUAUCAAAUGAUUAAUCUGAAAGUGUUUGCGCUUUUGAUAGCAGUCGCAGCUGUCGUUCCGGCAGACGAAUCCAAUUCGUUGUCUGACAAGAAACCUUCUUUCGUUCGGUGCUUGACCUGCGAGAGAGCCAUAAGAAAGCUGCUUUACGACGAAUAUGACGAGCUUCUGACUAUAAUUAGAUGGAAAUCAAAAAUAAUGAAUCAAUUGCAGGAACUUUACUUUAGGGAUGUCAAAAAUGAGGAUGGCAGUCAAAAUUCUCCAAGUGACAAGAGCAUCACCGUCUGCUAUAAUCCACUGACUGACAAAGCAAAUGAUAGAUCAACUGACUUGGAGAAUACGGAACUCAGCGAACAGUUGGCAAUAUGUGAGCAUCGGUCAAAAAGGCUCAUAGCCGAGAAUGCCGUCCUGUUAAAUAGUAUAUCCAGUAGCGAAAGGCGCGUCGAAGAGUCUGGGGCACCUUACACUGACUGCGUGAACACAACUCUCGAAAAGCAACAACAAAUAAUGGUUGAAUUGGAUGACCACCUAAGAGCUACAUACGAUAAAUUUUCGCGUUUGCGGGUUUAGUUCCAGGCGCACUACAAAUAAAAGUCGCUGCUGCUAAUAUUGAAUAAAAAGGGAAAGCGCAGCCAAAGGAAUUACUCUGCAUUAUGAAAAUAAAAGGUGUAGAAACGUUAAUA